CACAACCAGUCAAGUUGGAUUCUGAAGAUGGAUUAGGCACUGUACGUCCAGCAAGCCUUACCUUUGAGAGCGACUUUCUCCUGGGACAAGAACUCGAGUUUUCAGAUCCUGACAAUGACAACAAGAUCAUAGGUCUUGAAAGGUUCUCAGGUGAGUUACAUGAGUUUCUAAGCCUAACUUUGGUAGGGAACAUUAAAGGGUUCAGACUCAAAAUUUUCAUUAGAAGUAAAAACAAUCAUUAUUUUACAUAGAAAUUUCUUGUCAAUAAUUUUCUUUUUUAAAUUUUAAUAAAGUGAUUUUUUUUUAUUACUUGAAAAUAAAUUAUAUGAUGGCUACUGCUAAAUCUUGAGGAUUUUAAACAUACUUUAGUUUGCUUUAUUGCUGGAAUUUGACAUAUGUGCUCAAUAUGCAACAUUAACUGCAAAGACUGACUUGUAAUAUUAGUGCUAUUAUGCAAACGUGCUGCAUUUUGUCUGUCUGCGAGCCAUGUGAUCUUUCAUGUACAGAUGGAAGAAGUGAGCCUACCGUUCUGGAAAAUUUCUCUGGUUUUGGCAUUCUGACAGAACAUACAAUCUUAAAAUGGCAAAUCAGGAAAAAAUACACUGUGCCACCACUAUUAUAUAAGGGUCAUCAAAUCAAGACAGUCAUCACCAUCAAGGACACAUUAUAAUAAGGCAUUUAGUCAUCAUCAUCAUCAUCACCAUCAUCAUCAUCUCCUCUCAGGGUCUUUAUCAUAGUUGUCAUCAUCAUCACCAUCAUCAUCAUCAUCACCAUCAUCAUCAUCAUCAUCUCCCUCUCAUCAUCAUCAUCAUCAGCAGGACCAUUAUAGUCAUCAUCAUUAUCAUUAGGCUGGGUAAUCAUCCACCUGGGGUUUCUGAAACGGGCGAUAUAAAGGCCCGCUCAGACUUCAGACUCACACAUUUCUCCAAACUGCAUGUGCAUGAGGAGUGCAGAAGGAAAGCAACGUUUCAUGGAAAGACAGUGAGCAGAAACACUAUAGCCUUGUGUUUUGUUGGAGUACCAUCUUUUAUUUGUUGCAUUACUUAACGUUUGUCCACUGGCUUAGUGGCUGACAUCAGUCUGCCUGGCUUCCCCUUGGGAGACGAGGAGAGCUCAUCCUUCAGCCGCCUCAGUAUGGAGAGUGACGCCGAUGACCUGCGUGCGACCGAAAGCGAGCAUGAAGAGAGGGUUUCUGAGUCUGCCUUUCCCUCUUACCUCUCUUGCAGGGGCUGUGGGCAGCUCCUGGAAGACCCCCUGGGACCCGGCAUGGACUUGGUGGGGCCCUUCUGCAUGCGCUGCUGCAAAGGGAAUGCGGAUGGUGUUGUGGACAGGAAGCUCUGCUCGGGCUUAGGUUUACAAGCGGAGGCUAGAGGGGGAGGGAAUGAGGGCGCUGGUGCGGAGGAUGGUUCCCUAAAGCUCCACUCAUGCACGCUCUGUGGUUUCACUUCGCGCUACACUAACCAUGUUAAGAGGCACAUGAAGACGCACAAUGGCGAAAAGCCGUAUGGGUGUCCGCUGUGCUCCUAUGCAUCGGCACAACUAGUAAACCUGCAAAGGCACUUGCGCAUACACACCGGGGAAAAGCCCUAUAAGUGCAACCACUGCACAUUUGCGUGCAGUUCCUUAGGGAACCUGAAGAGGCAUCAGCGUAUGCAUGCAGUUGUAAGCCCGGGUCAGAGUGCCCUUCAGCCAAUAAGCGGCAACGGUUUAAACCACAUUAUGCCGGGUCAGAAGGAAAAGGAAGUGGCUCCUGCCCCCACCGAAGUUCCAGGUGCUGUGCAAUCUGCCCUGCGACCCCACAUGGAAAGGGGUGGGAACUACUUGCACGCCCUUGAUGGCCUCAGGCUUGCGCAGCAGUCGUCAACAGGGGUGUUGCAGUCUGGACAGAGUGCAUCUGAACCUGCCUCCUUGCCCCCAAGGUUCUUCCCCUUCACUUGUCGGCUGUGUGGCACGGCCCUGGAUGACGAAGACGGAUCCUCGGCCCAAAUAUGCGCAAAGUGCACCCUGGAGAUGCUCACUAAGGACACAUCCAGAUGCCCCGCUGAGCGAGGGGACAAGGUUUACACCUGUGCUGCCUGCCCCUUCCUCACCCACUACCCGAACCACUUGGCCCGCCACAUGAAGACCCACAGCGGAGAGAAGCCAUACAAGUGCCCACAAUGUGACUACGCCUCCGCCCACUUCGACAACCUCAAGCGGCACCAUCGAGUACACACCGGCGAGAAACCCUACAAGUGCCACCUGUGUGACUAUGCCUGCGGCAACCUGGCUAAUCUCAAGAGGCACCAGCGGGUGCAUUCGGGCGCUAAACCCUUUCAGUGCGCCAUCUGCAACUACAGCUGCAACCAGAGUAUGAACCUGAAGCGGCACAUGUUGCGGCACACAGGCGAGAAGCCCCAUAAGUGCCAAGAGUGUGGCUACACCACUGGCCACUGGGACAAUUACAAACGACAUCAGAAGAAGCACAGCCUCACGACAGAUGGCUGGGCUAAAGUGCAGUUGCCUGGAAAUGAGGAAGAGAUGGAGGACGAAGAAGAGGUGUAGCCUCUUAUUGCAAGACAGUUGUCCAUAUGAGAUUUUACUGUUACUGCAUACGCUUUGUUGGUUGCUCUUUUCUUAGUACACUCAUUUAUUUUGAAAGCCAUUAUUUUAGACAUUUCUUGGAAUUGUCCACAAGCUGCUACAUGAAGUCAUGCACAAAUUAAAAGACAGUUACCUGAAUGUCCUAAUGCAGGGGUUGUCCUGUCCCGCUCCUGGAGGACUAGCCUUCUUGCAGACUCUAAAGCAUAAAACACUAAACACACUUUAAACACACUUCUAAACACACAUUAAAACACUAAACACACCUGAAAUGGCUAAUCAAGGUCUUUAGGAUGACUUGAAAAUUCCUGCCAGGUUUGUGGGAGAUGAUCAGCACUAAACUCUGCUGGAAAGCGGUCCCCCAGGGGCAGGUUUGGACAUUCCUGAUUAAUGCCUUUGAACAAGGCAGUUUGUGUUACACAAAGAGUGUUCUGAGCCUGAUUGUGGUUCAUUUAUCAGUGCCAAACUCUGCACCACUGCCACAGGAAGUUCUUCUUUAAGCCUGGAGCUACAUUGCAUGCACUUAAAGUUUACCCUGGUUGGCUCUUUUGAGGUUUUAUGUGUUUGAUCAUUUAUUGACCAUUUGAUCAUUUAUUGACCAUUUAUUCAUCAAAGAAAUUCAAAACCCUACUGAUGAAAAUGUCUGUUAUGUUGUGAUCUUUGAUAAUCUUGUUUUUGCUCUCAAUAAUUCUGAGAGGUUAUGUUGCCUUUUAUUGUUGUGUGUAUCUUUUUUGACUGUGAAAAAUGCCAUUUGUCUGAGUUUACUUGAAGCAAAAUGGUGCAUAGUGGGUAUCCGUGUCAUGCUGAACAUAAGAGCUUUUAUUUUUGUAUGUGAUUUCAUUUUUUUUUUUUUUAUCUCUGAGGAAUGUUUGGCAUGUAUUUGCCACCCCUUGGCAUUGUUAGCUAUACUGAAGGACGACAGUAACCGUAAACCCUAAUAUGCAGUUAAACCUUCAGGUUGCCAAAAACGACAGAUCAUUGAUGUAAUCUUGUAGGUGUGUGAUGCUCGAGUGUUUUCUUGUUAUUAUGCAGUGGUUUCAUUAAUGCCUUAACCUCAAAUAAAAGAGUUUGUGUUGAAACUUCA